UUAUUCGCUAUUUGUGGAUUCUGGAUCUCGUCUCGUCCAUGUACCAUAAACAAAAAUGUCAGCGAUCCCGAUUUUUUGUUUCACGCUGCAUACCUCUCGAUAAACCAUAAUUAGAUCACUUGAUUGAUAUUAAUUAAAAUAAGACGCUAUCUGUGAAGGUGGAUUAUUGUUGAAACAGCGUGCCCCUUGCAAUAAAUCGGCCAUAAUAAACGUGCGUUAAUGUGCUUCGCGCCUGUCUACACCCGAUCUAUCUCAUUGUUUAUGUAUGGAGAGUUAAAGCUGGAAUUUUAAUGGCAUAAUGCGGUUUAAUUUAACUAUAAAAUAAAAAUUAAGCAUAAAAGGUCUAGUGUUGUGGUUGCUUAAAAGCGUCGGGAACUUUAUAAUAAGGUGAUAUACAAUAUCGCCUCUAUUUUUAAUAAUCUUGAUUGUACGAUGCAGUAAAUGACGUUCUGAAGUGGCUCUCGGUUAAUUUGUGGGAUAUGUGCCAAUUAUUGCGCCCGUGACGAAAGAUACUCGAAAUUUUUCAAGUUGGCGAAGGCACGUAGGGGUAUGAUCAAGGAGAAGGAGAAAGGCGGAGGUGCCCGCCUGAAAGAUGAGCCCAAUGACCCUACAGAACCAGGGCACGGCUCUCGACCUCCGUCAGCGUCAUUACCGACACCAGCAGCCCUGAAAAAGGAGCCUGAUGACGGGUCGCACAGAGUGAAGAUGGAACCACACAGCCAAGGUAGCGCGGAAGAUGGUUCAGCCGAUAUGGGUGUUGAUGGUAUAAAGACGGAGAUUGAUGGCCUAAUGGAUAGUGAUGGUGAUCCAACAAAAUCGCCACAGUGUGAUUUGGGAGGUCCCGGAUCGAUGAAAUCCGAGCGACUUUCUUCAGACUCCAAUGACAUCAUUGACCCUCAGACGGGACUAAGAAGUAAUGCGGGAAAUAUACAGGAUGGCAACCAAAAUUGCCGAAAUCCAAAUGGUCCGGACGGCAUGGGAUCCUGUCGCAUGGGUGGGUCUGGGCCAAUGGGUCCAGGGGUGUCGAUGGGUCCCAUGUCGAGUGAAGCACAAACCCUACCCUCAAAUGUCAUUAGCAAACAGUCAGGGAGUAUGGAGCAGCAAAGUCAAAUAUUCGUCUUUUCUACGCUACUUGCCAACAAAGCGGCUGAAGCUGUCAUUUCUGGUCAGAACCACUCCAUCAUUGCAUACCAUUGCGCUCAACCCAACACAAAGAAGUACCUAGAGAAACAUCCACUCAAAAUCGGUCAGUUCAAUAAACAGAAUCCAGCGCAAUGGUUGAACAACUUGGCUAUGGCUAAGCGAGGUGGAUUGAGGGGCGGACCAAACAUGAUGGGACCGAACCAAAUGGGGCAUAUGAUGGGACCCAUGGGGCCUAACAUGGGCCCAAUGGGACACAACAUGGGUCACAUGGGGCCAAACAUGAUGGGUCCUAACAGGAUGGGAGGGCCUAACCAGAUGAUGAUGAUGAAGGGUCAAAUGGGCCAAAUGGGUCAAAUGGGCAUGGAUGGGUUUCCAGGGGGCACCCCGUCCUGCGGUGUCAUGGACGGCCUCGGUGCUGAUGGUGAAAUGCCCUGGGACACCAAAAACCCCUCCGUAAUGUCAAAUGGCAUGUCGAAUGGGCCGGCGCAAUUACCGCCGUGCUCUGAAGCUGGCACAUCGGACAAUGGCGGAGACAAUAUCUCUUGUCAAUCCGGCCCUAAAGUCUCAUCCGUAGGUGUAAAAAUACCAGAUGAGAACCUCACGCCGCAGCAACGCGCUCAUCGCGAGGAACAAUUGGCCACGAUAAGAAAAAUGCAACAGAUAUUAUUCCCUGAAAGUGGGUCAAAUCCCAACCAACAAGGGGAUCAACAGCAAAACUCAGAAAUCAAUCCGCCUAACUCAUCAGCCAAUAUGAACAUGUCCUUUCCACCCAUGUCCCAACACGGUCCCAUGGUCUCAGGACCGAACGGGCCCAUGGUGUCCAUGCCCAGUGGCAUGAACUCGGGUCCAAGCUGUACCAUGUCGGGUCCUAUGGGACCUAAUGGUCCCAUGGGAGGGCCGAUGGGUCCGGGACCUAUGGGGCCUAACGGGCCAAUGGGCGGACCUAUGGGUGGAAUGGGAUCGGGUAUGGGCAUGGGUGGCCACGGUUCGAUGGGGCCUAAUGGUAUGAUGGGACCUAACGGGCCUAUGAUGUCUGCGAUGGGGCCUAAUGGACCGAUGGGGCCUAUGGGUCCUUGUGGGAUGAAGGGAAUAAGAGCGUGUGGAGAUAUGAAGUCGAUGUGUAAUGAUAUGCACAUGGGCAGAGGGUGUGGCGGGCCUAUGGGGCGUAUGCCUAACCCCAUGGGAGGGAUGGGAGGACCCAAGCCAUGUAUGAUGGGUGGACCUCACAUGGGGCCUAGAAUGAUGCCUGGGCCUAAUUUAUCAGCUAUGAACGGUGGGAUGAUGAUGGAAAGUGGCAUGAUGGGAGGAAUGGUGCCUCACGGUGAUUGUGGGCCAGACCAUCAUGGAAUGUGUGAUGAUUACGGACGGGGGAGAAAUAUGGGUGGCGAUGGGCCAGGGCAACACAAGAAUGCUCUUCGAAGCCCCAAAAGUCCAGGACAUGACAUUGACUGGCAGAAACUUCAGCAUCAGUUCUUUGAUGACAAGAAUAUGGACACCGAACUCAGUACACAAGUGAAGUCCCCGUGUUCGGAGAGAGGUGGAUGCCUUCCUCCGCCGCCUUAUGGCGCUUCGCCCCUUCAUAGAUCUGCCUCGGUACCUAUAGCAACUCAAUCCCCGUCACAAGGCACGCCUACGUCUGAAGCGCCGAGAGCCGGAUCAGCCCUAAGCAGCCCCGCACAUUGCAAGCCACAACACAAACACGAUCCACCAGAGAUAUUGGAGAAAUUGGACGAUGGUGUGUUUGUGCGAACGCUGCAAUGUCUGGCCGCGCAGCGUCAGAAGAACCAACAGAGCAAGGAGCCAAGUUUGAUGCCUGUCCCAUCUCCGCAACAAAUAUCCUAUCUCAACCAAUUCGAAGGCCAAGAGCUGACGAUACAGAAACAGCCGAACACGUCGUUAAAGGACAAUGGGCCGCCUUCGAAUGGAGGUCAAACACCGCAGUCGAGUUCAAAUCAAAAAUCACCUGCUGGUAUGAUGCCGGGAACGCCAGAGCCGCAUUCAUCGCUUUCGGAGCAACGAUCGGGUCGAUUCUCACUAGAACAGAGCCCCAACUUUAACAAUCCACAGACACCCAACGCAGGAAACAAGUGUACAGAUGAGAAGUCACGACCCAGUCCGUCGUCAAAUAGGUCCAAUCAAGAAAGUGCCUCGAAAACCCCACAACGCGAUUCGUCAGGAAUGAACCAGGGACCGUAUGCCGUAUCUUGUGCGAAAAGCAGUUGUGCCGUCACCACUAUGUCACAAGCACAUCCCGACGAUUCUAUGUCCUCCAAUACAGAAACGACGUUAUCAGGCGGCCCGAACAGUACGAGUUUACCUGGGCCUUUCCCGGGGCCCUGCAGUAUGAAUAGGCCUGACAACAUUCCCAUCAAUCCCAACCAGGGCCCCAAUGGUCCCAUGGGCCCUGCCACGUCCUCCUUUGACCCGAUCUCUUCUUUAGCACAAAUGUCACAACAGUUAACGAAUACGGUCGGGGGUGGGCCUGGCUCGUCAGGGCCAAUGGGGCCCAACGGGUCAGGAAUGGGACCCUUUGGAUCGGGUCCCCAUCAUAUGCAACAUCACCAUUCAAUGCAUCCACAUGGUCACCCGCACAUGAUGAUGAAUGAUUUAGGUUGCCAUAUGGAAGGAAUGGGUGGACCUGGUUUAGGUGGUCCCAUGGAAAGUAUGAUGGGGGGUGGCGACUUUCCCCCUGACAUGAAUCUUAGUCCAAAAAUGGGAGGUGGCCCCAUGGGUGGACCGAUGGGGCCCAUGGGCCCUGAUGCCUCGAUGUUAGGACCACGGAUGAGUGGCGCAGGGAAAAUGCCACCGUUUAAUGGAGCAAAUGUUCAAGUCAAAGCGAGCGCACCUAACACAAUUCAAUACUUGCCAACGAGGCCCCAAAUGCCCUGCAAUACUGGUCCCCGGGGCCCUCCCAGCUUAGACUUCUUACAAAGAGUCACGAAUCCGAUGCAAAUAGACAGCAGUAAAGGCGUGCAAUAUUUCCCUGGAGCGAGAGCAAUGGACAUGGAGGGCGGCAUGCGAGGGGUCAUGAGAGCACCCGGAAUGCUGAGAAUGCCCCACUACCCGGCAGGUUUUAAUUCACCCCCCAAAAUGGCAGGGGACCCCUUCGGCGGGCCGGGCCCUAAUCCGAUGUGCGGCCCCAAUUUCAGAGGUGUGAAGGGUGGCAUGGGUCCCGGGAACGUGAGAAUGGGAGCGGCGCAGCCGUUGCCCCCCUCGAUGGGAGGCCCCAACCCCGGUUUCAAGGGCCAGGGAUUCGCGGUACCGUCGACGGCCGACCCGAACUACGCGGCCCAGUUCCAUAACUUUCAGCAGCAGUUGUACGCCACGGGCAGUAGGGCUGCGCAGCCGCAUCAGGGCUACCCCCCUUACCAGCCGUCCAAGUGAUGACUACUGGUACCCAGUGUCGGUCUACUGGCUAUGUGAAUGUGAUAUGGACACGGCCCGUAAAGACGGACUCGGAUUUGAAGAGUCCCCGCGUACGCGGCCCGUACGUCAGACUGAACGAGUGCGUACGUACUUAAUCGAUUAUACACCAGUGAAUUAUAUUUUCGUUAGCGUUUUUUGUGAGAUUUUGUAAAUCGGAUACGAGAUUUUCUAUUGCGUCUAGCUUAUUUUGAACAGUUCGUCUUAGGUUUGUGACUGAAUGGUUUUUGAUAGAUUUGUACAAAUUGUACAAAUGUUACGUGUAGUAUACAUAAUUUAAAAGUACACUUAGUAUAUGCAAUGGCAGUAAUGAUUUUUUAUAUGCAAACGCCAGAAUUUCAGUGUAUCGGUUCCUUUACUUAGCUAUUUUAUACGAUUCCUAUGCACACAGAUAUCUAGUCAAUUUUGAAAUUAUUGCCGACCCUGAGUUAUGUUUGUGUAACAAUUGAGUCCACGGUUCGGUCACUUACGACACGCGAGUACAUAAUUUAUAUGUAACAAUAUUUUGUCCAUUUUAGUCGUAGUUAUUUUUUAGGGAAAUUGGUUUAUAUUGUAAUUUUUAUGGCUCUCCGGCCAGUAGCUCAUGAGACUUAGCUAUUAAUGAAUUUAUUCCUUAUUUUUUGAUCUGAAAGCAAUGUUUUUCUGUCUUCCAUGCCAGUAGUAUUUGAAUUAAACUAAUUCUUUUCUGAACAACAUUUAGUUAUACACUUACGAGUACUUAAAAAUUCUGAUGCCAUAUUAUUUGCCACGUUCGAUUUUCGUGAUGAUUUUAUUACUUUAUUUAUUGUCUCGAGCGACAUUUCUUAAAGCGGAUAUGCUGAACUUCAUAGUCGCUGUGAAGAAGUCGGUCUAACCUGUUAUGGGAAUUACUCUUCGAUCUUAAGGCUACAUUCAAAGUGGUUAAAAGGAUUAUGGCAAACUGUUAAAUUUUGUAGAGGUUGUUACAAUAGUUUAGGAAGCGCAUUGUGGAUGUCACAGUGGCCUUUAAUGAACAAUGCCUUUUAUUAAGUGUUUUAACCCCAAGUGAAAUAUUCGCUCAACAUAUGGAAAAUUGAUAGUGAAUGGUUGACAUAGUUGAAUUACACUGAAAUUAAUUCCGUUUCCUUAAGGGUAGAUACAAAUACUUCACAUGCAAUAUUUUUUGAAAAAUUAUCUGUUUAAUCUAUUAUAAUUUAAUUGUCAUGGUAUUAAAAUUGAAUCUUUAGUCUCUGGGUUAGUGUUAAAAAUAUUUUUUUAUCUACCCUAAGCAUGAGUUGUAGAUAAUUUCCCCAGUCGCGAUGAUGUAUCAUAAUCAAUGUGUUUUGUAAAUUGGCUCACCGAAUGAGAUAAAUCUGAGAUUACGAAGGGCUGUGUGAAAGCACAAGUCCGUCAGGAAACACCCGCUAGAAAUUAGAUAGUCUUAAUUUAAAUGUAAUUAAUUAUAUUAUAAGGUAAAGAAUGGUUCUUGUUUUAGGGUAAGUGAAGAGCAAUGAUAUAGUUUGUGUAAUAUUAAAUAAGAAAUGAAAUUAAGAUGCAAACUAUUGGUUGUGAUUCUGACACAAUUUGUUAAGUUGUUCGUAGAUUUGUCACACAGAUUAUAAAAUGUGAAAUCUUAUUAUUUCUCUUGAUAAGGCCCCUUUUUUAUUUUUUUUAAACGUUUUUUUAUCGUUUGUACAUCACUAACAAUAAUUGUACAGAGUACUUGACUUAAUUUAAGGCAAUAAAUGUAUUUAUUUUAUAACUUGUGAUGUAAGAAUUUAUUCUUAAUUAUUAUAAAAAAUAUAUAUAAUAUGCUUGUAAAA